AUGGAACAGAGCGCCUAUCACGAUCCAUUCAGGAACUCCCUCUCUGGCCAACCUCCUUCCCCCGCGGAGUCCGCCGGCACAUCGGAAACCGCAUCCAUCCCAUCCACAAAUACCAACACCAACACCAACACCAACUCACCCGAAACAUUCGCACCUAUCCGGACAAACGAGUGUCCUCGCAAUGACUCGACGACACCAAACCUCACCCGCCAGAGCACAGCGGCAGGCCGACCACUCACCCAAGAUGAAAUCUCAACCGCCCUAGCGCACCGGACCACGAGCUCCACGUACAAAGAGUCGUCCGACGAGGCGGACCAGAUCGUGCGCCUGGUCUCGCGCAUGUUCGGACAUGACCGGAAGGCUAAUUCCGACGAGGAGCAGACGCGCCAUGUUGGUGUUGUGUGGAGGAACUUGACCGUCAAGGGUGUUGGGCUUGGGGCGGCGCUGCAGCCGACGAAUACGGAUAUCUUUCUGGGACUCCCGAGGUUGAUAAGGAGGGUGUUUACGAAGGGGAGGGGUGGUGGUGCACCGUUGAGGACGAUUUUGGAUGAUUUCACGGGGUGCGUGAGACCAGGAGAGAUGCUCCUGGUCCUGGGCAGACCAGGCUCAGGGUGCUCGACGUUCCUAAAGACGAUUGGGAAUCAGAGAUCCGGAUAUAAAAGCGUCCAAGGGGAUAUCUCGUAUGGCGGGACAUCCGCAAACACCAUGGAAGACAGAUACCGCUCCGAGGUCCUCUACAACCCAGAAGAAGACCUGCACUACGCAACCCUCACAGUCCGGCAAACCCUAAUGUUCGCGCUCAAAACCCGCACGCCCGACAAAGCCUCGCGUCUCCCCGGCGAAUCCCCCAAAGAGUACCAAGAGACCUUCCUCUCCACCAUCGCCAAACUGUUCUGGAUCGAGCACUGUCUCGGGACGAAAGUCGGCGGCGAGAUCGUGCGCGGCGUCUCGGGGGGCGAGAAGAAGCGCGUGUCCAUCGGCGAAGCACUCGUCACAAAGGCGAGCACGCAGUGCUGGGAUAAUUCAACCAAGGGCCUCGAUGCGAGUACAGCCUCCGAGUACGUGCAGAGUCUGCGGAGUCUGACGAACAUGGCGCAUGCAUCUACCCUAGUAGCCUUGUACCAGGCGUCGGAAAACCUGUAUAAGCAGUUUGAUAAAGUCGUGCUGAUCGAGGACGGGAGGUGUGCGUAUUUUGGCCGCACAGAGCAUGCAAGGGCUUACUUUGAGGGACUGGGCUUUGAGUGUCCGCCUCGAUGGACAACACCGGAUUUCUUGACCUCUGUUAGUGAUCCGAAUGCGCGCAGGGUGAGGAAGGGCUGGGAAGACCGCAUCCCUCGCUCUGCGGAGGACUUUCAGCAGGCGUACCGUGGCAGUCCGGCUUAUAAGCAGAAUCUGAGUGAUAUAGAGGACUUUGAGAAUGAGGUCAAGGCCCAAGAGGAAGAGCGGGAGGAAGCGAGAAGGAGGGCGCCCAAGAAGAACUACACUGCUCCGUUCUACAAGCAGGUCCUCAUCCUCACGGAGCGACAGUUUAUGAUCAUGUACGGAGACAGACAGACUCUUGUUGGGAAGUGGGGGAUUCUCACCUUCCAGGCCCUCAUCAUCGGGAGUCUGUUCUAUAAUCUGCAGCAAACGAGUGCUGGUGUCUUCACGCGAGGAGGCGUCAUGUUCUUCGUCCUUCUGUUCAACGCCCUGCUCGCUCUCGCUGAACUCACAGACGUCUUUACCCAUCGGCCAGUCAUGCUGAAACAUAAGACCUUCUCGUUCUACCGUCCGUCCGCAUACGCCGUGGCUCAAGUGGUGUGCGAUGUCCCUAUAAUCUUCGUCCAGGUCACGCUGUUCGAGCUGAUCGUAUACUUCAUGGCAAACCUACAGCGAACGCCGUCCCAGUUCUUCAUCAACUUCUUAUUCAUCUUCAUCCUCACAAUGACCAUGUACUCCUUCUUCAGAACAAUCGGAUCCCUCAGCGCGUCCCUAGACGUCGCAACACGUUUAACCGGCGUCGCCAUCCAAGCCCUAGUCGUCUACACAGGCUACCUAAUCCCACCCUGGAAAAUGCACCCGUGGCUCAAAUGGCUGAUCUGGAUAAACCCCGUGCAAUACGCCUUCGAAGGCAUAAUGGCAAACGAAUUCUACAACCUCGACAUCCAAUGCGUACCGCCUAGCAUCGUCCCCGACGGGCCAGGCGCACAGUCCGGCCACCAAACCUGCGCUAUCCAGGGAAGUACACCCGACCAACUUACAGUGCAGGGGGCGGACUAUAUCAAGACGGCGUAUACGUAUACUCGCUCGCAUCUGUGGCGCAACUUUGGUAUUAUCAUUGCGUGGUUUGUGUUCUUUGUUGUCUUGACGAUGGUUGGGAUGGAGCUGCAGAAGCCGAAUAAGGGCGGUAGUUCGGUGACGGUGUUUAAGAGGGGCGAGGCACCGAGGGCCGUUGAGAGAGCUGUUGAGCAUAAAGAUAAGGAGGUUCCGAAUGGUGAUGUUGAGUCUGGGGUGAAUGGGACGAGUAACGGGAAUGCGGAUAUGACUAUGGAAGACGACAAAGGUAAUACCAAGGUUGAGGGUAUUGCGCGCAGCACGUCUGUCUUUACUUUCCAGAACGUCAACUAUACGAUUCCUGUUAGUGGUGGGAAGAAGAGGCUUUUGAGAGAUGUCCAGGGGUAUGUUCGUCCUGGUCGACUGACGGCGCUGGUGGGGGCAUCCGGGGCUGGUAAAACAACUCUUCUCAAUGCCCUGGCCCAGCGACUGGACUUUGGUGUUGUCACGGGCGACUUCCUGGUUGACGGCAAACCACUCCCUCGGAGUUUCCAACGAGCAACAGGCUUCGCUGAACAGCAAGACAUCCACGAGCCAACUGCCACAGUCCGAGAAUCGCUGCGCUUUUCGGCCCUCCUGCGGCAACCCAAAGAAGUCCCGACCCAGGAGAAAUACGACUACUGCGAGAAGAUCAUCGACUUACUGGAAAUGAGGCCUAUCGCCGGCGCAACGGUAGGAUCAGGCGGAGUAGGGCUGAACCAGGAGCAGCGCAAGAGGCUUACUAUUGCGGUCGAGCUUGCGAGUAAGCCGUCUUUGCUUUUGUUUCUGGAUGAGCCUACUUCGGGUUUGGAUUCUCUUGCGGCGUUUAACAUUGUUCGUUUCCUUCGUCGGCUGGCAGAUGCUGGACAGGCAAUCCUCUGCACCAUUCAUCAGCCGUCUGCUGUACUGUUCGAGAUGUUUGAUGAUUUGAUUCUGCUGCAGAGUGGCGGCAGGACUGUCUAUAACGGUGAACUGGGGACCGACUCUUCCAAGCUCAUUCGCUAUUUCGAGCAGAAUGGGGGCAAGAAGUGUCCUGAUGAUGCCAAUCCGGCAGAGUACAUGCUAGAGGUUAUCGGCGCCGGCAAUCCAGAAUACAGAGGCCAGGACUGGGGAGACGUCUGGGCCGACUCGCAGAACUGCAAGCAGCUCUCGGACGAAAUCAGCCAUACCAUCGAGUCUCGCCGCAGCAACGAGAAAGAACGAAACAAGGAUGAUGACCGCGAGUAUGCCAUGCCCAUAUGGACGCAGGUAGUGGCUGUCACCAAGCGGUCGUUUGUUGCGUACUGGCGGACGCCUGAAUACAACAUUGGCAAAUUCGCCCUGCACAUCUUCACCGGCCUCUUCAACACCUUUACCUUCUGGCACCUGGGUAACAGCUACAUCGACAUGCAAUCCCGCCUCUUCUCCGUCUUCAUGACCCUCACCAUCUGUCCGCCGCUCAUCCAACAGCUGCAGCCUCGCUAUCUACACUUCCGCGGCCUCUACGAGUCCCGCGAGGCAAACUCGAAGAUCUACCACUGGACCGCAUUCGUAACCUCUGCUAUCCUGCCUGAGCUGCCGUAUUCCAUCAUCGCCGGCUCCAUAUACUUCAACUGCUGGUACUGGGGCAUCUGGUUCCCCCGCGACAGCUUCAGCUCCGGCUACGUCUGGAUGCUCCUAAUGGUCUUCGAGCUCUUCUACGUAAGCUUCGGGCAAUUCAUCGCCGCCCUGUCGCCAAACGAGCUCCUCGCCUCCCUGCUAGUCCCCUGCUUCUUCACAUUCAUCGUCGCCUUCUGCGGCGUCGUCGUGCCCUACAUGGCCCUGCCCACCUUCUGGCGCUCGUGGAUGUACUGGCUCACCCCCUUCCACUACCUGCUCGAGGGGUUGCUGGGUGUUGUCGUCCAUAAUAUCCCCAUGGAGUGCGUGGAGCGCGAGGAGAGCUUCUUUUCCCUCCCGCCGGGCUUGAGUACUUGUCAGGAGUAUGCGGGGGCGUUUGUGGAUGCUGCGACGGGGUAUGUGAGGGAUGCUGGGGGUGGGAUGUGUGCGUAUUGUCAGUUUAGCGAUGGGGAUCAGUUUGCAACGAACUUCAACGUCUACUACAGUCACAAGUGGCGCAACUACGGGAUUUUCUGGGCAUUCGUGGGGUUUAAUUUCGCGGCGGUGUUUUUCUUCUCGUGGCUUUAUUUGCAUGGCGUUAAUGAUGCGAAGAGGUGGAUUAGUGCGCGGAGGACGAGGAAGAGUGUGAAGGGUUAA